CAUUUCUUGAGUGCCCGGUGUCCGUGAAGAUUGAACCAUCUUCAUGAUACCCGACCAAAUCUAGCUCGGCACUCGAGAACGAGGAUUUUGGGUCUGCGCUUUCGACGUUCUGCAGGCCACGAAGCAAGCACAAUGGCAGAAAUUUAUCGUGCGAGCACGACGGCUCCAGUAAACAUUGCGGUGAUCAAAUACUGGGGCAAACGCGAUGCUAAACUCAACUUGCCAACAAACUCUUCCCUCAGCGUUACGCUCUCCCAAGACGAUCUUCGUACACAUACAACGGCGUCCUGCUCAGCCAUCUACACUACGGACAGCCUCCUUCUCAAUGGCAAAGAUCAAGACAUCUCUGGCGCUCGGACACAGGCUUGCCUCCGUGAGCUGCGCUCCCUCCGCACCCGUCUUGAGAACGCCAAUCCGGGCCUGCCAAAGCUCGCGGACCUGAAGCUGAAGAUAGUGUCUGAGAAUAAUUUCCCCACCGCAGCAGGACUGGCGAGCAGUGCAGCAGGCUUUGCGGCUUUGGUGAGGGCCAUCGCAAACCUAUAUGAGCUGGAUAGCUCGCCGACGGAGCUCAGCAGAAUCGCAAGGCAAGGCUCCGGUUCGGCGUGUCGGUCCCUGUUUGGCGGCUACGUAGCGUGGGAGAUGGGAUCGCAAGCCGACGGAAGCGAUUCGCUCGCAGUCCAGGUGGCACCGGUGUCGCACUGGCCCGAGAUGCGCGCCAUCAUCCUGGUGGCAAGCGACAAGCAGAAGGACGUGGGCAGCACGGCUGGGAUGCAGCAGACGGUCGCCACGUCGACGUUCAUGAAGCAGCGGGUCCUCGACGUGCCGACCAGGAUGGAGGAGAUGAACAAGGCGAUCCAGGAGAAGGACUUUCAGGCUUUUGCAAGGCUGACCAUGAAAGAUUCAAACAGCUUCCACGCUACCUGUCUGGACACCGAGCCGCCAAUCAAGUACAUGAAUGAGACCUCCUGGGCAGCGAUUCGCAUAGUGGAAGCCAUCAACGCCGCAGCAGGCAAGUUGGUCGCUGCUUACACCUUUGACGCAGGGCCCAAUGCGGUAAUAUACCACCUCGAGGAGGAUGCACCAAAGGUGACAGGUGUCCUCAAGUCGGUCAUUGGUGACAAGGAAGGGUGGCAAGGCGCGAGGGGGUCAGAGAUUCAAGCUCAGGAUGCUGGGCUGCUGCCUCCAGUUGCCGUGCAGACGCUCAAGGACGGCGUAAGCCGAGUCAUCUUAACGGGCGUAGGAGGAGAUCCUGUCAAGAUCGACGAUCACCUCAUUGACGCCUCCGGAAACGCAAUAGUAAGAUAAAGCUUGAAAAAAAUAUUGGACGUGAGCUUCGUGACCUUUUUGUCUGUCCAUAGAUAGAUUGAUAGUACAAAAUACCCAGCCCGAUCUAGCUCCGUACAUCAGC